ACAAUGACAUUACCUCUCCUCGUAUACCGCUCGUUAGCCGUUAUGAAGUUUGAGAGUUCGAUACACGAUAACGACGAGAGAGUUUAUCGAGUGCCAGCCUGACAUGUUCGUACAGGAAGUUCAUGGACAGCGCGGAAAAUAAGUGGCGACCACAUCGAGCAAUGGGGGCCGGCGUGUGGUGCGCGGUGGCGUGGUGCGCGCUGGCGGGGCUGGCGGCGCUGCCGGGGCUGGCGGGGCUGCAGCCCGCGCGGCCGUGGGGCGCGCUGGGCGCGGCGGCCGCCUUCCGGCUGGAGACCACGCUGCAGCUCAACGACGCGGCGCGCGCCAGCAAGGAAGUCGGCUACAAGCUGCGCGCGCGCCUGCUCCUGCGCCCGCGCUGGGCGCGCGACACGUCCGAGUAUUUGUUGGAGUUCCAGUUGCUCUCUCCGAAGCUGUACCUCAGAGGCAAGCACGUGAAUGCAGACUUCAUGCCGUACGACUCGGAGUGGGACUCUGUCGGGGACACUACUUUCUAUGCGCACUGGAGCCACGGAUUGAUUAAAGAAGUUUAUUUGAAUCCUGAAGAGUCGACAGAUGUGGCCAAUUACCAGAAAGCAGUACUUAGUCUGUUUCAGUUUCAAAUGUUGAGCGGGGAACAUAAUGAGACAGACGUGUCAGGCUCGUGCGAUGUGCUGUAUGAAACUGUUUCUGCAGAUGUGUUCAGGAAAAUAAAGAGACGCUGUGUGGGAGACGAGGAGGCUGGAGUAGUCAGUGCACGGCGACUGGCUCGCUACUCCUUGAGUGGGCAGCGACUGCAGGCUCUGCAUGCCGAGGAGUUGCUGGCCGUGGGCCACGCACAGCUCGGGCUCAAGCUUCGCUCGUGGCACUCGCUGCAGGCAGACGACGGUGGCUUGGCCGCUGCGGUCCCCGCGGCGCCCGACCUGGCCGCGGCGCUGGCGCAGCUGCCGGCCGGGCUGCGCCCCGAGCCACUGAGCCUGCGCCCGCCGCACGAUGACGCCGACGAGGACGAGGUCGAGGACCUGGGCGCCCUCGUGCAGCGCUGGGCGGGGGCGCUGGCGGACGACGCGGCGGGCGCGGGCGGGGGCGUGGAGGGGGCGCGCGCCGCGCUGCAGCUACUGCCGGCCUUGCGGCGCGCGCCCCGCGCCGCGCUGCAGGCGCUGCUGCGCGCGCACGGCGAGCUGCCGGGGCUGCUGCGCCUGCUGGGGCUGGCGGGCACGCGCGCGGCCGUGGCGGCCGCGGCGGCCGAGCUGCAGCUGGGCGCGCGCGACGCGCCGCUGGAGCCGGCGCGCGUGUUCCUGGCCGCCUUCGCCGGCGCCGACGACCCCGAGGACGGCGCCGUGCUGGACGUGCUGCGGCUGGCGGACGAGGCGCGGCCCGCCGAGCUGGCCGCCGCCGCGCUGCUGGCCGCCGCCGCCGCCGCGCCGCCCCGCCCCGCCGUCCGCGACGCCGCGCUGCGCGGCCUGGCGCGCUGCCAGGACGCCGCCUGCCGCGCGCCGCGCCUGCUGGCGCUGGCCAACCUGCGCGCCGCGCCGCCCGACGUCUUGCUGCAGCACGCCGAGCGCGCCGACGCCGCCGCGCCCGCCGCGCUGGCCGCGCUGCGCGCCGCCGACGCCGCGCUGGCCGGCCCGCAGCUGGAGCGCCUGGAGCGCCUGGCGCUGCGCCGCGACGUGGAGCUGGACGUGCGCGCCGCCGCGCUGGAGCUGCUGCUGCGCCGCAUGCCGGCGCGCCCGCUGGCGGCGCACGUGCUGCGCGAGCUGUACGCCGAGCGCGGCGCGGCCGGACACGAGCUGCGCCGCGUGCUGUGGGGGCUGGUGGCCGAGCUGCCGGCGCUGCGCGGGCUGCCGAAGCUGCUGCACCCCGAGUUGCGCGGCUGGGACGCGGCGGCGCCGGCCGGCAGCAGCUCGGUACUGGCGCGCGAGCCGGGCUGGGCCUGCGGCGGCUGGCGCGCCGAGCUGCAGGCGCUGCAGGUGGCGGCCGCCGGCCUGCUGCGGCGCGGCGCGGUGCGGCUGCAGGCGCUGGACCCCGCCAACCGCACGCACGACGUGCUCUCGGUGGAGGUGUGGACCCGCGGCCUCGAGGCGUUCGGUGGCGGCGCGGACGCGGACGCGGGCGCGGGAGGAGCCGGCCGCCGGCCUGGCGCUGAGCGUGGGCGGCGCGCGCCUGCCCGACGUGCAGCUGUUCCGCGGCCAGGCCGAGCUGCUGGGCCACGUGUGGGCGGCCACGGCCAGCACGCCCACGCCCGUGCUGCGCGCGCUGCGGGCGCGGUGGCGCGCGGGCCGCGUGGCGCUGCAGGCCGGCCUGUGGGCGCGCGCGCGGGGGCGCGGCGGGCGCGCUGGCGCUGGACGCGCACGCCACGCUGUCGCUGUGGUCGCGCAGCGCGCGCGCCCAGCUGGCGCUGCGGGCGGCGGCGGCGGGCGAGGCGCGGCUGGCGGCGCGCGGCUGGGCGCGGCUGGCGGGCGCGGCGCGCCUGGAGCUGGCGCCGCGGCUGGCGGUGGGCGCGGACGUGGACUUCUACUCGGCCGUGGCCACGUGCGUGCGCGCGCGCUCGGCGCCGCUGGCCGUGCGGCGCCGCAGCGUGCUGCGCGCGCAGUGGGCGGGGGCGCGGGUGCGCGCCUGCUGGUGCGGCGGGGGCGCGCGGAGCUGACGCGCCUGCCGGGGCGCACGCUGGCGCUGGGCCGCCCCAACGACGUGACGUGCCGCACGCUGCUGGCGGCCGACGAGGACGAGGCCGAGGCGGACGGCGAGGCCGAAGCGGAGGACGACGAAGCGCCGCUCGCCCCUCUCUGAUCCGACCCCACGAUCUGAUUCCCACGCCAAAGACUCGCUUCGUUCCGCAGCGAGCGACUUAGAAUUAAGAGAACAAUACUCUAUCGAAUCACUUAGUUUCGUAAAAUACUUGUCACCACAACAUUAGCUAUACAAGAGUUUUGGUGAUGACAGUUGCUGCUGUAUAACUUAUAAUGCUUUGCAUAAUUACCUCGUUUCGGUAAUUGACUGCAAUUAUAGUUUAGCAAAGCGUGUAAUAUAUCUACAGAGUAUGCAUUUAUAUUAUAUUAUAAUAUAUUUAUACUGACUGCAUUUUAAUAAAGAUCUGAGAAAUAACAUAAUUAAGAAAUAAAACUUAUUCUUAUAAAGGGAA